AUGGCUCUUUCAUUGGCUUCUAGCUUAAUCCGUUGUGGUAAAUUUGAUGCUGCUAAUGUUGCUUGUAGCUAUGUUUCCUGGUGUCAGUCUAAACCACCGGAUAUCGGGAAUGCUACUCGAAAUGCACUAACUAUUGGUAAACAAUUGUCACCUAAUUGGCAUCACGAAUUGAAUGAUAUCGAGAAAGAAGAAAUACAUCAAGAAGUAUUAAAUAAUGUGAGGAAUUAUAAUGUUGGCAGUUUAAGUAAUGGAUGUCUUAUGCGAAUAUCAUCUUUAGCUAUUUAUUCCAUUAAUGUUUUAUCCAUGCAACGUAUAGAAGAAAUGGUUCGUGCAGAUUGUUCACUUACACAUUGUGAAGAAGACGCUAAACAAGCUGUAUUUUCAUACGUUAUAGCGAUGCGACAUUUGCUUAUUGGAAAAAGUAAUAAGGAAGCAUUUGAAAUAGCAUUAAAUGCUACUCAAAGUAUGCGUAUUCGUGAACACUUGUUAGCAGCUCAAGAAAAACCUGUACCUGUAAAUAUUGGAAAUCAAUUUGUGAAUGGUGACGAGAAAGCAAUAGGAUAUAUUGGGGUAGCACUACAGAGUGCUUUUUAUGAACUUCUUCAUGGCACAUCGUUUACGAAGUCAGUAAUUGACGCAAUAUCACGUGGAGGUGAUACUGAUACAAAUGCUGCUAUCGUUGGAGCUUUAAUUGGUGCACGAUAUGGUAUUGACGAAAUUCCAGAGCAGUGGAUUAAAACAGUUAGAGAAACUAAACCACGAGUUAAUUUAACUACCAUUGAUUAUAAUGUUGAACAAAUUGUCAAUAAAUUACUAAUGUUGAAUUAA